UUCUGAUUCUUCUCUCUCGGCUGGUGUGCUGCAGUUGAGCAUCAGAAAUGGCUAGCAGUACAGCGAUCUUCUGCGAGAUCCUGAUUGCGAUUUUGCUUCCUCCGUUGGGGGUUUUCCUCCGACAUGGUUGUUGCAGCAUUGAAUUCUGCAUUUGCUUGCUCUUGACGCUAUUGGGUUACAUCCCAGGCAUAAUUUACGCCGUCUAUGCGAUCGUAGUUGUUGAUCACGAUAAGUACCGCUCCGAUUACUAUGAGCCGAUCAGAUGAUCAAGCCUCUGCUUUCUCUCACAACGCUUCUGAACCUUUAUAUUUUGUCUCCAAUGUAAAGGAAUUCUUGUUUCAGACUCUCUAUUUACUAAUAUGACUUUGAAAUCACUUUAUUAUGGUCUCUCUUGUUUAGGGCUUUAAGCAGAACAUUGGAUUUGUUUCUCUU